AUGCCUCCGAUACGAACCUCGCGCAAUCGUAAACCACCACCCGCAGGCUUCGAUGAUAUAGAGGACACUUUGCUGGAGUUCAGCAAUAAAAUGAAAGAUGCGGAAAACGCGCCACACGAUGGAAAGAAGAAACAUGAGAUGUUAUGGCCCAUUUUCCAAAUAAGUCAUCAGCGCUCGAGAUACAUAUACGACCUUUAUUAUGAGAAAGAGGCGAUAUCAAAGCAGUUGUAUGAAUGGCUUCUCAAGAACAAUUAUGCGGACGCCAACCUCAUCGCCAAAUGGAAGAAACAAGGCUACGAAAAGACGAAAGAGACAAAUUUUAAUGCGACGUGUAUAUGCCGGGUGCCGAAAGCCCAGUUGAAGGAGGAUCAGAUGAUUCAAUGCGUCAGUUGUGGUUGUCGAGGCUGCGCAAGCAGUGACUGA